AUGAUUGAAACCCAAUCAGCACAACUUGCUAGCACCAUCAAGGAACAUCAAGUGCAUACUAGUUUCCCACCCCAAGGUCAACCUCCUAAGCAAAUGUAUGCGGUCAUGACUAGGAGUGGGAAGAUUUUAGAUGAUGGUGCUAAGUUAGUUGACGCUCCUUGGUCUAGGGGAGAAGAAUCUAAGGGAAUUGAGUCUACGGACUAUGUUGUGGUAGAAGAGGAGUCUCACGUUGAUGACGCGAGGGAUGGUGUGAAGCCAACGGAGGAUACUCUUCUACCUCUCCCUACUCCUACACUCCCCUAUCCUCAAAAAUUUGUUGGAAAGAAGUUGGAUGACCAAUUCUCUAAGUUUCUAGACAAUAUUAGCAAGCUUUAUGUGUCAUUGUCUUUCACCGAGGCGCUUAAGCAAAUGCCACAUUAUUCUCGGUUCAUGAGAGAAAUUUUGUUUGGCAAAAGAACUUGUGGGCCCAAGGAGACUGUGCAUCUCACGGAGAAUUGCAGUGCCUUGAUUUUGUGCCCGUUUUCCCCAAAUCUCAAGGAUCCCUGGAGUUUCUCGAUUCCUUGUAGCACCCAAAAGCUGAAGAUAAUGCUCUUUGUGAUUUGGGGGCAAGCGUGA